GAUUAUUCUCGUAAAAUAAAUACGUGCUGUGAUCUUUUAAUGCAGCAAGUCUGAGAGCUCCUGAUCCAUGUCGUUUCUUUGCGUGUGUUCUGAGCUCUUUAAGGGUUAGCGGCAUGCAGUUACAGCAGCACUUGUUUUGCGGGAUGCACACGUCUCACGGUGAAACCUCAGAUUGUUAGUUCUUUUCCCAGUAUGAGUGGAAGCGCCUGUGUGUUAGUGUGCGUUUGGUGUGUCAUAGCUGCCACCCCCGCACAUCUUCAAGUCUCAGCCACAGAGAGGGAGAGUGGAGGGGAGUGAAAGGCCGCUUGGAUGCGUGGGAGAUCCCCUUAACCUUGUAUUAGAUCAGAUGUAGACACGCUGCGCUUCCAGUCUGUGUUGCGGCUGCGGAGGGGAGAGAGGAUGGCGCACACGGCCAGAGCGCACGUUACCUGGAUGUCCGCAGUGAUCAUGGUAGCUGUAACAGCCUCUUGUGUUACCUGGCUCAUCGUGUCCAGGGAGACUAUCCCCAGAGUAAAAAUCAUCAACGGUACAUCAAUGGCAAAUAUGUUCAGAGUUCCACCUUCCACAGCACAGCAUUGUCUUUUAAAAGUGCACAACUCUACAAAUGGCAAUCAUCUGGCCUGGGAGGAGGAGUGGUGUGACGAGAAUUUCUCCCUGAAUGACGACAAAACCUCAAUAACAGUGAAGGAGCCGGGUGUUUAUCUGGUCUACGUCCAGCUGACAUACAGUCUCAAAAAGGAUGGAAACAGCUCUAACAUACACCUCAAUUUGACCGUGGAGUUCACUUAUACCGAGGCCAAGGUAGAAUUCAAUGGUGCCUUUGACAACCGGCAGCUCACAGAGAAGGAGCAAGACGCCCAUCUCACAGCCUUCUUCCUGCUCAACAUGACAGCUGGGAACAAACUCUCCAUAAUCGCAUAUCCGAAGAACAGGAUAAAGUAUGACGAUGUUCGGCCAUUCUCCAGUUACAUCACCAUCAUUCGGUAUGCUGACUGAUCAGGAUGAGAAGGGAAGAAACUAUCAGCUUCAAUUCAGACAUAUGCUCUAUGUUUAUGUCAGCUCUUUUCCUUCUUGCUAUUUAAGUCACAAAACUGAAGUUCUUCUGUGAUGAUGUCCAAACGAUGACCAGUGGCAUCAGAGGCUUUCAUGAAGUUAAAUCGAGAAAUGCUUAAACCACAAGAAGAAAUAUGACAACUCAACAAAUUCGGGUUGUUGUGUAGGGAGGUGCAAUAUUUACCUCAGUAAUUUUUUCUUUGUUUUGUUUUAUUUUUCCCCUCCCCCUUUGUUGCAUAAUGUUCCCGACUCAUGAUUUUCUGAGAAGCAUGACACAUUUUCCGCCCAUUAGAGACAAAAGUGAUUUUCACUUUGUUUCAGGUUCAUUAUGACUCAGUUGAGAAAGAGCAUCAUGCCUGUUUCCUCAUUUCUCGGUUUGACGAAAUGAGCACACACAAGUUAAUGUCACUUCCACUAGCUGCUGCAAUUGACGCUUCAUUACAUUUAUGAAACAGGGGAUCUUUUUUUUUUUGGGAUGGUGUUUCUGUGAAAGCUGUUUGUCCCAUUAUUCUGAAAACAUGUACAACAACAAGCUGAAUGUGAUGUUUUAAAGCAUCUUCUUAGAGGACUAUCAUGUCAUUUUAAAACUGUAAAUGUGUACCAACAAUUUGGAGAAAUUCUCAGUACCAUAAGGAUAUAGUUUAGCAAUAAGUGACGAGCGCCAUUACGUAUUCCUCUUUGUGUUUGUUUGGGCUUUUUGUUGUUUUGUUUUGUUGUUUUUUUUCUUCCUUGCAGAGUAUUAUCCAUUAAUACCCUCAUUAUUAUAUAAUCUAAACCAAAAAUCAAGCUAUGCGAUUUCAUUAAAGCUUUUAUCAUUAUGUUUAUUUCUAUGGUUUAGGGAAAAUGUAGAUGUAUCCAUUUUGCUUCAACACUUAAUAUAAAUGUAGUAUAUUUAACACAGAGUUGAAAUGUCAGUGAUGCUCUUCAGGUAGUACCACUAAGGUUUCUUUUUUCCUGAUAAUCCUUAUUUUUGAUAAAGAUUUAUAAAUAUGAAAGAAAGUGAGGUAUAUCAUACCAUAACACACUAAUUUAACAGGCAUAAAGCUGAAAUCUGUGGCAUUGUGAUCAUCAAUAUUAAGAAAUUUUGGCACCUCAAGUAAUAUAUUUUCUCCAGGUCUUUUGUAAUAGUCUCAGGGUUGACUGUAAUGUUCUUGAUUUCCUAAUCGAACUAAUGAUUUAACUUAAAGUCAUCUUUACAAGAAGAGUUGCGUGACACACAAUACACACAAUUGCAUGA